AUGCGUGCCACCUUCGCUCUCUGCAACACUGCUCGCACCCCUCUGAUCCGCUUCGUUGGCAAGCGAUCGGCCCCUAAGUCCGUCGACCACACUCCUCGCGUUCACCCCGCCUCUCCUGUCGGUGCUCUCCCCGAUUCCUUCGCCGCCUACCGCGCCAAGGCCCAGCAGCACGGCCCUCUCGGUCGCGCCUCGUUCAAUAGCGGCAUUGGUGGUCAGUCCGGCCACUCGCUCGGCCCCGUUCGUCCCCAGGCGGGCGAAUUCUUCGACCGCACAGAGCUGCCUGCCCGUUUCGGCCGUCUCUCCUUCACCGAGGCCGAGAUGGAGGCGAUCGAAACUGGCGGUGCUAGUAUGUACGCGUAA